AUGUGGCGCUUAGGUGUGCUGUUAACUCUUAUUGCAGUUAGCGAACAGUUAUCUAUAUUAACGUUCGAUGUACCAAAUGCAGUACGAGCGGGUGACGACGCUGCACUGCGUUGUCAAUAUGAGCUAAGUCCUGAUGAAUCAGAUAAGACAUUAUUUGUGAAGUGGUGGUGGACGCCGAUCAAUGGCUCCAGCGACGAACGAAGUCAACUGUACCAGAGAAUUGCUGGACGGGACCCAGUUGCGAUACAUCAUAACAUAAAAAUAGAAGAAAAUGACGGCAUUUUAUUGCUCAACGUGUCCGUGAAGGAUUCUGGUGUAUAUGAGUGCGAGGUAUCAAAUAUAGACGAAGUUCGAGUCUAUGAAAAGUUAAUAGUAUUCACUCCUGGUAGCGGUGUAGAACUAGACGUGAUAAGGACAGAAGACGGCCCAGAUGCCGACGAAGACGAGGAGGUGAUAGUUUCCUGCAAAGUAGAAGCAGUUGCACCUUACCCGCAUUUAACCAUCACUGUUGACGGGGAGUUGGUUAAUACAACAGAUUUAGUGAUCAAUUCCUCUGAUGAGCUGUAUGACGCCUAUAGCAACGUGACAUUAUCGGACGACGCAACUGCCGGCAGCGAGAUUACCUGCCGUCUUGCAUUUGCUGAUGUCAAUGUAACAGACAUUUCUUUCGUUGCCACAGAAAUUUAUAACGGAACCGGAUUGACAACGGAGAGUACCACUGAAGUGGCUUCUACAGAGGCCACAGAAAACUAUGAAAUCAACUCUCAAGCACUAUCUUCGGUAUCUUGGAGCGUCAUCAUCUUGGCCGUUUCUUUUUUAUUAUAUUAA